UGUUGAAGUAGCUCGGACGUGAUCGCACUGAAUUUGUCGUGAAAUAAGCUCACAUCUCUGAUUGCUGGGGUAUUAAAAAUACCGACUUUCUAACCUUCACCAUUGCGCAGCUAGAGCGUGUUACCUAACGAACCUAACCAAAUCUAGAGUGGAUUGUUGCGUUCUCGGCGAUGUACUCGAAGGUGCUGAAGCAUUGAUCUGUUGUUGUUUGAGAGGAAGAAAGUUUCACAGUUUGUGUCGCGAGUUUGUGUGAUUCGAUAGUAUGAAGUAUGUAAUGGGCAAAUUUGUCCAACUGUCGGAAUCGAUCAAGUGCCAUUUUGAACGCUAGUGAUGGUGAUGGUAUUUCACGCGGUCAGAGUUCACUCACCUGCUUGUACAUACACUGUUUGAUGCGUAAGUGAACCUACAUAGAAUCGAAAAUAGAAAGUUCCUCCGUCACUAUAAAUAUCCGCAGGAAAAGUGUAGCGAAAAUACAGUGAAAUGACUCUGCCAGCAGCACGUAUUCGGCAGCAGAAAAGUGUGUUUUCCGUCUUCCCCGUUUGACUCAUCUAAAUAUAUAGAAAUUUAUGUUUGGUUCGCUGGUGAAUUGCGCAUUUCAGUGCAUCGAGGAAGUGGAUCAAAAAUCAAUCGAAAUGAGCCUGUCACGCGUUCGUUUGGACUUUGCUGCAUCGUUUAGUAAAGGUGGAGGAUCAUCACUCAUCCGAUGAGAGUACUCCGGUGUGUAUGUGUUUGCAUUUGCUCUGGGAAAAGUACGCAACAGAGGAGCUAGCUGGUACCAGUGCCAGAGGGAGCACAGCAUCAACAGUUGUAUCUACGGUCGGAAUCCGCGCGGAGGCAGAACAAACAGCAGCGAGCAUCGCACGCCGGUUUAAAUCAGAGUGGAAAAUGAUCGUGGAAAAGUGAAAUCGUAGCUUGUACGCGCGAGAGGUGCCAACACAGAAAAAAAAAUAUUCCGGGUUGCAAGAAGGCAAUUUAUUAAAAACUUUAGCACCAGAGUGAAAAUGACGCCGACUCGGCAGAAUAUGUCCGGUAGUGAAGGCAGUGAAGUGUGAACUGAAUGGUGAAGAAAAUUUUGGCGCUUCGCCUUCGGUCGGCAGUGUGCGAUGCAUUCUAGGACAGUCGGGAAGUGUUUUGUGAAAAUACUGAAUAAUUUACUCCAUCGAAAUGCUUGUUUACGGCACCAGUUUCGUGUCCGUGUGAAAGGGUUGCCUCCAGCAGUGAAACAAAAUGAAAUUAUUUGUUGUGUUAAUUAACUGGGUGUUGUGCUUCAGUUUGGCCUACGAGCGUGUGGAAACACGGACCGACAGUGACGAGAAUCUGUUAGGCCAUGAGGACCUAGUGAGUAUACCGAACGACCAUUUGAAAAAAUCCAUCGCUGCUCUACUGGCUAGCGAUGGCAGUGAAAUCUACCCGUCAAUGUCAAAUGACAGCCCCUUCGAGAAUUACAUGCAUCAAAUGCAAAACCAUCAGCAGUACGGUAGUCCGAACUAUCGGAAACAACAUGCCCAGCGUUCGCAGAGCCCCAGCUACGAUCCACGCGAUGGAACACCGUAUACCAGAGAGGUAGCAGUGAAACAGGGCCGAAUCAAAGGCAUUGUCCGGGUGAUGCAUCCGCAGUCCGGGCUGAAAAGUGUCGACCAGUAUCUGGGAAUACCGUAUGCCGAAGCUCCAGUCGGGUCAAGACGGUUCAUGCCCCCAAGUGCACCGAUUCCAUGGACUGGGCUCAAGAUGGCUAUCAAAAUGUCCCCUGUUUGUCCCCAGAAUCUGCCCACCUUGAAUAAUGUAAAUAACAAUUACUCCAAAGGCCGAUACGAUCAACUGAAAAGACUGCUUCCAUAUCUGAAGGUUGAGAGCGAAGACUGUUUAUAUUUAAAUUUGUACGUGCCGAGCUACGAUGGAAUUGGACCACAGGCGAAAUAUCCGGUGAUUGUGUACAUCCACGGUGAAUCAUACGAAUGGAACAGUGGCAAUCCGUACGAUGGAUCCAUCCUUGCCAGCUACGGCAGGGUGAUUGUAGUAACACUCAACUUCCGGUUGGGUAUUCUCGGUUUCAUGAAGCCGGGAAUCAGUGACCAUACGACGAGCAAUUUCGGCUUGCUGGAUCAAAUCGCAGCCCUGCAGUGGAUCAAAGAGAACAUCGGAGCAUUCGGCGGGGACCACAAACUGGUAACGGUGAUGGGCCAUGGAACUGGCGCUGCUUGUGUAAAUUUCUUAAUGGUAUCACCUGUUGCAAAAGGGCUGUUCCAUCGAUCGAUUUUGCUGUCCGGAUCUGCUCUAUCGGAUUGGGCACUCACGCAACAUCCACUGCAAUCAACGAUGCAGGUGCUCCAAGGCCUUAACUGUCCCCUAAAUGGUGACAAUGAUGAGGUUGCGGCUUGCCUGCGCAGAAAACGCUACAGUGAAAUUUUGAAUGUGAAAAUUUCAUCGCCCCAGUUUUCAACUCGCUUCGGACCGAUUGUAGAUGGAUUAGUGAUUCCAAACACACCCCACAAAGUUAUGGGCCAGUAUAGCGACAUAUUCAGUGGAUACGAUUUGCUGUAUGGAAUGUCGGAGCUGGAAUCAUACAAUAUACUGAAUGCUGUGGCUCUGACGUACGGAUUGCUGGAAAAUGAAAGGGACAAUUUACUGCGGUUUUAUAUGCAAAAUCGUUUUGAAAUCCGGCCCGACCUGGCCCUGGCUGCUACACUCAAUGAGUACACUGGAAUCCUUACUGAUCCGAACAAAUCGCUAGCCGAUAUCCACCGGGACACGCUGCUGGACAUCCUGUCUGACGCUCGGGUUGCUGCUCCUAUGGUGCAAACAGGACUGUAUCUGGCCAAGGUUAACCCCAAAUGCUACAUGUACGUGUUUGCCCAUAAUAGUGAAGCAGGAGAGUACGGGCGGCUGUCGCAGAGUGUGGUGGGUGAAGACUUGGCUUACGUAUUUGGUGCUCCUCUUGGACAAGUGGGUCCAUUUCAGACCCACUACAACGCCAGGGAACGACUUUUCUCUGAAGCAGUAAUGAAAUAUUUUUCCAAUUUCGCUCAAACGGGAAAUCCAAAGGCACCUUGGAAGGACCUGUUUCUCAAUAUGAACCCGGAGGAUUGGCGUUACUACGAUGUAGACUGGCCGGAGUUCAACAGUGUCAAUCAGAGCUUUCUGCAUCUCGGGUUAACACCCGUAGUUAGUCGUCACUAUCGUCAGAAGUAUAUGAAAUUCUGGAAUCAGAAAUUGCCGGAGGAACUGAAGCGAAUCACGACAUCGAAGCCCUAUUCGCCGUACUCAGAGUUUCUCAGUCCACCGGAUCGGAGACUAACGACGUCUAGUCCGGAGUUCAUCACUGGCCACAUUAACCUAUUUCCGAUAAAGGUUGAUGUAGAAAAACCAACUGAGGAUUCGUUCAAAGCGUUGGUUUAUCGGAUGAAAGAUUCACACACAGCGGGACCAGGAAUAUAUAAUAGCGCCCAAUCUACUUCUCAAGGAGUACCUGCAGAGGCACCAGUGAAAGAAAGCCCGGAACCAGCGAAUGUAGAACAGGAAUCGGACGGAUCGGAUAUAUUGAAAACGGAUGCGUCUCUAACAAUGCUAAUUGCCGUUGCGAUAGUAUUUUUGCUGUUCAAUAUCUUCGUCAUUGUAGGAUAUGUCAUAAAACGCAGCAUAGGAAAUAAGAAAGUGAAAAGAAAAUUUGACGACAACAUUUUAGGAAGUGCGGCAUCCAUGAACGAUAAACGUUCAAAACUGAACGAUGCUGAAGAGAGUUAUAUUUUAGAUAUGAUCAGAAAAUCAAAUCCAUACGAGUCGGUAAUGAAGUCGAACAAUUUUACUCUUCCAAGACAAUUCAGUGGAGAAACGGUCGAUCCGCAUACAAAAGUGUGUGAUUGGAUUUCGCAAGACUAUUGCCCGAACCAACCUGAGUGCGAUGGAGUAGGACCGAUUCCAAUGCUUCAGCAAGAAAACCAAAGUAUGCCUCAGAAGAUUAGUGUGGCAGUCGAUGCUACACCACAAGCUCGUAGUAACAGCAUCCUACGGCAAGAACCCAUAGAAAUUACCAAAGCUAAAUCAUUCGAGUAUGCUUCACCGGAUGAUUAUGAAGAGAGUGUAAGCCAAAAUUCGCCGUGCGAUUCUGAAGUACGGCAACAGUGCUCCAGUUCAAGUUCAUCUUAUUCUUACAACGAUGGGGAUUAUAAGAUCGAACCGAAAAAUUUGAGGCCUAACAAAAAUGCAAUCUACAGCAACAAUUCGAGUCAAUGUGAAGAAAUUACAAGUUUUAUAGAGCCAGGAGAUAUAAACGUCACGUCUAGAGACAAAAGUGUUGAGAAAGACCCACUCUCACCCGAGGAGGCAUUAAAAGUAAUCCAACGAAGGAACUUCCCGAAGGUCCUCCCAGACUAUCCAAAUCCAAAUGGAAUGCCGGGGGCAACAGCUUCCAUGAAACGUCGUUCUUUACCACCACAGUCAUUUUUGUUGACUAAUUAUAAUAGCUUACGAAGAGACAGUUACCGACUUGUACCAGCGCCACCGCCGAGGAUUUCGUCAACACUUGGGAGACGAUCUUCGAAGCACAGAGCCAGUAAUAAUUUCCUCAGCUCACCUCCGUUGAUGGCCGAAGAGCCACCAAUAGAAGAAGAACCGAUGAUUUCUCUCAACACGCUGCACGUUGGGCCACUACUGCCCAAACAUCAGGAAAAUACCUACGUGACCAUGUCUCGACAGAACUCGGAAGAUAUUGAACAACUGUCUCCUUCCGAGGAACCAGCAGUUGAUAUCAUUUGUAUAGAACAUAAGCCAGAAAGCCAUUACAGCUAUAUAAAACCUCCAAGUACGAUUAAACACCCAUCAUCAUUCAAGACCUCUCCUUCGAAGGAAGCUGAUCAGUCUGACAGCCGAUCAGAAUCCCAACCAGUAUCUUCCGCAUCUAUGUCACGUUUGCCGAUCACCCGAUCCGUAGCCUUACAACGGGAGCUCAGCUCCGAAUCUUCUGCUACCGACACUACGUCUGGAAGUACGGGAACGAUAAAGAAGCUAUAGGAUAUUUUUGAGUAGCACUUUGAUACCAAAACAUCACAGAAACGAAAGCGUUCAUCACAUUGCGAAGUAUUUAUUUAUCUAAGUUCCUCAAACCCGAAUCCAUACCCUCACAGCAUGAUUCCGAGCAACUAUUUAUUUUAUUGCAAAUCUAUAAACAUUGUCGACUGUAUGCGUUUAAAGUUUGAACUCAGUUUGUUUUGAUGUUGAUUGCAAACAAUCAAAAUAAAUACUUUUAUAAAGUUUUAAUCUUACUUCACGUCACGCAUCAACAGUGACACUGAAAUAAAUAACUCGAGAUGGAAUUUUUUUAUAGCAAAUAGUAAUUAGAUUAGAACA